CAGAGCGACGUCGAUGUUGAUUUAUGCCCUCUCAUGGGUUCCAGGGAAAGGUCCGCCCGAUUUUCAGAACGCUGAAUAAGUAAUAUGUGCGGAUGAAUGUUGCGUUAUUGGUUUAUGCCGGCUGCGGGUGGAGUCUGUCAAUCUUUUGCAUUUUAAAACGCCUCAGACCGAGCGCUGGCGGUAAAGUAAGCAGAGCGGGGUUUAAAAUUUGAUCUGUCCUCUCUGGAAGAUGGCGGAGGCGCUCGGGGUGGCCGACACCCGCAGACUGCACAGCAAACCGCAGGAUCUGAACGAUGCCUACGGUCCUCCCAGCAAUUUCCUAGAGAUCGACAUCUUCAACCCGCAGACCAUCGGCGUUGGGAGGAGCAAGUACACCACUUACGAGGUCCGAAUGAGGACAAAUCUUCCAAUCUUUAAGAUGAAGGAUUCGUGUGUGCGCCGACGAUACAGUGACUUUGAAUGGUUAAAAAGUGAAUUGGAGAGAGACAGUAAGAUUGUUGUUCCACCAUUACCAGGAAAAGCUUUGAAACGGCAGCUUCCAUUUAGAAUGGAUGAAGGAAUUUUUGAUGAGUCUUUUAUUGAAGAAAGAAGAGUGGGAUUAGAACAAUUCAUUAACAAAAUUGCUGGUCAUCCAUUGGCUCAGAAUGAACGCUGCCUCCACAUGUUCUUACAAGAAGAAUGCAUUGAUAGGAAUUAUGUACCUGGCAAAGUGCGUCAAUAGAUUCUCUCUGUGGACUUCUAAUAGGGAAGCAAAUCUGAGUCACCUGCAGUGCUUUGGAUGGAAAGGCUGUUGACCUGAAGACAAUUACAGUUGUUAGUCUCAAUGUUUCUGCCAUCCUACUGUUUCAUUGUUUUACCUUUUUUUUUCCUGGUUUCAUUUGUUUUGCUAUCCUGUUUGCUGCUUGUACUGGGUACUCUUGCAUCAAACACUUCUACCGUAGUAAAUUAUAGCAAUACUGUUGUGUUGACUUUUAGAACUGAAGAAGAGUUAUACAUUCAAUAGUUAAAAGUGAAAGGCUUGACAAAUGAUUUCAUCAGUUAGAGCAGAUGGGGUGGGGAUGUCUUCAAAUACAGAAGCCAAGCUAGUUUGGUGACCUAAUUGCUGAUUUUUGGGUGUAUUUGUUAAACUUCUCCCAUUUUAGGUGUUUAUUCCUUUCAAUUGGAAUGUGUGAAGUUUAUUUAACAAUUUAAUUGGAAAUAAAAUUCUCACUUUGUCCCAGCUUCGAGUACAACUUUCACUAAGAACCUUGGAGUUGAGAGUUUUUGAUGCAUACUCCUAACCGAGGAAAUGGAGUUAAUGUUGCUAUUGAUGUACUGGAGCAAUGAAUGGAACUGCAGUGCAAGCUAUUGGCAGAUUGGCAAUGGGGAAACUAGGUUAUACACAGCUGAAACGCAGUGAUCAAUUGCUUCAUGAGGGGGAAGAACACAAUGUACUGAAUCUUUCGGUUCUGAGUGGGAGAUGUUUAUAAUAUUUCAGGACCAAAUGGAUUUGGAAUAUCCAAGUCAUAACUGGAUGUGGAGUAGUAAUUGAAACAAAUGUACAAUACAUUGGAACUGUUCAGUUUAUAAUUCUGGGAAUAGUAAAGUUGAUAACUCUGUAUCUGAUCUGUGAAUGAGUAUGCACUUGAAGAUUGAUUCUUUAAAUAUUGGGGUGAUGCUUUAGAAGAAUCUUUGCCAAAGAUCAAUGCGAAGUGCAGUCUGUCACUGCCUCCAGAAACCGGAAAUCAAUCUGAUUUGUUUUAGUUAAUGAGUAAACUGGCAUGGAGCUGACAGUUUAAUCUUGAUAUUCAGCAUUGUUGCCAAUAAUGUACCCUCCUGACCCAUUCAACACUUAAAACAGAGUUUUCUGUAAAUUCACUUUGUACUAUUACAUUGGUUUUAUCUAGGUGCUUUUUGUGUCACUGGGGAAAGAGUUACUUACUAUAUUAAGCAGCUUUCUCUUAAUCUAAACGGAUGUGUCCACUUUUGCAUUCAUAAUAAACCACUGUAAAAUCACAA